CCACACCGCUUGAUUUUGAGGCCUGGCUCAACACCUUCUUUGAAGAUUUCUGGAGGCGCCUGGAGAGCAGGGCUAGGGGGCAACAGACAAGCAAUGCCAUGUGUGGGCUUCAAACCCAGCCAUACCGGAGACUCCUGGCGCACCUUAAGAGAAAGAGCAUGGCGCCAAGACCACGGCGCACCCGAACACG